CGUGUUGUGGAAAGAAUCCUUUUUAGUGAUCUUCGUUUUCCCGACUUCAAGAGGACACAGUACAGAUUCGUCCCCCCAGUCCCCCACAUCCUGAGACUAGUAGUAGACCUACCGUGCCCUGGGUGCGGCGGCGCUGCUUAGGUGAGCAGCAUUGGACGCUGACCAUGUCCUGAACUCAGCGACUGCACUGACGUGCAGAGUUUGUUUCAUAGUACUGUAGCAGCGAGAGAUUUCGAUUCCUGAUUGGUGUCGUGGACCGCCAUGGCCUACAAACCCAGCCCUGGUGAUGUGUUCAGGAUUAAAAUGACCAUCGAGCCACCGAGAGGACAGAAGUAUUUAGGUGUGCGCCAGGGAGAAAUGGUUGUGUUCAAGAAGUACACAGCCAAGUCGGAGCAGGGACAGAAACUCGGCCUUGGACCGGGUUGGUGGAAGAUGAAUGUGCAAGGAGUGCGCUCGGAAGCUGGUACUCGUUUCGUGGCAGCGAAUAAUUGUGAGCUUGUGCUGCGUUCCGUGCCUGGGAGCAACCUGACUGCCUCGAUGAGCCCAGAUGGAAGCCAUGAGGGUGCGUUGUCUGGAAGCUUUGAUGGUGGUGCUGCGAAUGCUGGAGCCAGUGGAGGUACUGCUGGUGCUGCUGGUGCUGCUGGAGCGAGUGGAAGAGGAUUUCAGGAACCGGGUGAUUGCCCUGGUACAUGUUCACAGUCCCAUGACUCAUCCGCUGCUGCUGCUGUUGGUGCAGCAGGUGAUCCCGCCGAGUCGUGCGCACGUGACAUGCACAACACGCACCCAGGAGGACCAGCUCAAGUGGAGUUUCCAGUCCGCUGCCGCAUUCUUGAAAAUGUGUAUAGCGAUGAUGCACACGCAGAUUAUCUUGAUGUGUCUCGUGGAGAUAUGGUGACUGUCACGGGUCCUGCCGGAUAUGGUGUCUAUCAUGCACACUCCGAAUAUGGUGCAAUUGGUACUGUACCUGCGUCCGCUGUUGAUCUGCGGCGUGUUGCGCAAGAGCAGCCAACCACAGCGUCUCGUCAAACACAAGAUCGCGGGCAAUCUGUGGAUUUCAGUCAAGAACGUGAGGGUACCAACGCCUUACUGAGUUUCUUUGGAUUCCUAGGAGGUCGGAGCCGCAGCAGAGUCAUCUGCAGCGAAUAUAACGCUCUACUGCAGAGUUUCUACCAGAAUGGAGACGUAUGUGUGCUAGAUGUGCACAACGUCUUCAAGGCUCACAACCUGCAAGGGGCCACCGGCAUUCGUGAAAUCUGCAGGAUGAGCAGCAUGUUCAUUAAGCGAACGGACGACCUUCAUCAGUGCUUCAAACUCAUCACGAUCAUCCUGGUGGAGAUCACCCAGCGCCUAAUUGUUCACGGUGUCCUAGCCUCUAAGGAGUACAAGUCCUUUGUGGAACAGUGUAACGAAGUGUCCACAUGCCUUCAGGAAGGUUUUGACCGUGAAAUCUUGGGACCAGCAGCUGGGGACUUGACAGCCUGUGGACGUGACUUUCAACAGUGCUUCGGCCGACGUCGCGACCUGAUCUCAAAAGUCACCACCAGCCUGAUGGGUCACUGCCGGGAGACGAACGUCUAUCUCAUUGUCUCGCUGAUUGCUUUGGACUUCUGGAUGGGCACUGUGUUUGACUGGAGACUGGAAGGAAGGUGGCUGCGCCACAUGGAGGCGUUGGUCUGGAAAUCAACCGCGAGGGCUCGCCAUACCUUCCUCUCUGUUCUUGCCGCAAAGGAACUCGACCACUUCUUCUCCAUUCCGCUGGACGCAGAAGCCCUGCUGGCGUGUGUUGGGCAGCUGUACAACUCACACAACAUGGACGAGAGCACCGCCGUUCUCAUCUGGACCAAACUGGUGGUUCUCAAGCUGCACGAGUCUAGAGAGAACGUAAAGGCGUUUCUUCAUCACAUCAGUCGCCACAGCACAGCCAGGCGCAAAGUACUGCCCUUCGUUCUUGCCCACGCAUCCACCAGCAUUGGUCCGGAGAUCGCCCUGGAAUUCUUCAACGCCAUGCAACUCGGUCUUGAUUUCGACAUGGCGGCAAGAGCGGCCAACCAGGCUGUUACGAAUCUGAGCCAGGCAGAUAACAUCGACGGUUUUCUGACCAUCAACAAUGGCUUAGUUGACUACUGCUUCCAGAAUGGUGUGAAGCCAACAGUUGAUCAGCUGCUGAGGACGAUCACUUCGAGCACAGCCAAUCGCAGUGCACUGAGCGCUGGUAUCAUUCUCUCGAUCACCUUCCUGAAAGGAGACGCUCGCCUGAAAGUCAACGAGUCUCGUCAGGAAUACAAGAGACGCUCGCAGGUAAUGGACUUGCUGGAUGCAGUAGCGAAACAGUCGAAGAACACACUGAUCAAGGAGUACCCAGAGGUCAUUCUCAACCUGCAUGCCAAAUUUGGAAGUGACAUUCGGAACACAGUGGGAAUCAUCGAUUCAUCUCCUUUGCUGAGUCAGUUUGGAGGAUUUUCAACCGAUGUGCCAUCUUCAGCAGCCAGCGUCCUUGCCAAUAUGAGAUUCUCGGAGAAAUCUUCUGUGAAGGAGUUCCUCCAGGAGGCAGUGGAUGUGCUCAAUCUGACAACCGACCGGCGUAUACGCGUUUCACCGGACAGCGCCUCAACUCUCCUGUGGAUGGGUUACUGCUAUUCUGCUCGCAAUCACCUGGCUAGUCUUCUCAAGAACGGAGUUUCCAUCGCUGCUGGAUACGCUGAGAUUGUCUCCAUGCCAAAGAAGGUCUGGCAGAGCCGCAGUGAGCCAGCUACACUGGAAGCCAUCUUCUAUUCAAUGGUGCUGGAUGUUCUGCAGGUUUUUGACCCGAUCUGGGCGGUCACUGGAGUGGACAGCAUCAUCCUGAAGUGCUCGCACGUCUACUCGCAACAAAGCCAGGCCACGUCUUGGGCAAGGAACCGAAUGUCCGGUUAUGUUAGCGCUGUCUCAGAGCUUGACCGGCUUCAGAUUAGCAUGAUAGACCGCAGCUACACCAAAGCAGAGUACAAUCGUCUAUCGGAGUCACUUUCUACCCUCAACACUAUGUUCGCUGCGUGCGGAUUGGAGCGCGUUCCACGCCUGCCCAAUCCGGAUGACGUCAUCCAGCGCAUGAAGAAGAAUCAGAAACUGGCGGAUUGGCUUCAUAGCAGAUCUGUUCCGAAUGCAGGUGAUGCUGCGCAUGACCUCGAUGUACUCUCGACCAGCAGCACCGCAACACUCUGCGUCAUGGAGAAGCGUGUUGACGAAGUGUGGAAACGCUUUGGCGAACCGCUGCGUGACCAGUUGGCAAGUGACUGCCCCGAAUCGCUGGUGCACUUCAUCCUCUACUUCAGCGGCAACAGCAAGAUCUUCGAUGACAAGAGCCAUACAGAGUACGACAGCAGUUCUUCCAUGCAAGAUAGAGCCUGGGUCAGGCGUAUUCGCAAUGCAAUCAAGCAAGCCCACGGCACGUUCACAAACCUGCUGAACGGCAUAUCCAAGUAUCGCAUCAUCCGACGCAUCCUGGAGAACUUGCAAGACGUCAACUUGACGGAAGAGCUGGCCUUGAUCCAGGCGUACCCGCCAUACCAGCGCUUCCAACGGCACGGCAGCAGUGCCGGACACAUCACUGUGGCCGUUGCCAUCAUUGAGCACCUGCGCAAUGGACACGUCAGCGACAUCAAGAAUGUGCUGAGCGACAUGGGGAUCGUAGACGACGGCGAUUCCGACAUGCUAUACCUGGAACGUCUUGGCACUUCCAUCUCCGACGAGAGCACGCUGGCAAGCUUUGCUCAGGAGUACGAGACACUGUAUCAGCUGUUUGACGGGCUACAAGCCGACCAUUUCAAGCUCUUCAAGGAAAUGGCGUCGGGCAACUGUGAUAACAUCCGCAACUUCUUUGCGACUGACUACCACUCGGACGAUGGCCGACGAGAAUUCCAGGUGAAGGUAUACCACCUGAACAUGCGCAUGCAGCGUGACUCGUUCAACAACAACCUAUUGUUGUCACUGCUAGACACGCACAAGAUCAUGAGUCCAUUCUUCCUGCUGAGCCAGAAGAAACCGCUGAGGGCUAUUUUGCAGGCUGUGGCCAACAUCCGUGUCAACCUGCACAAUGUGAAGACCUGCAAUGAACAGAUGGACUGUAUCGCCGAACUGUUCAAGAAGGCUAUUGCCAGUGCCACUGAGACCACCAUCGAUCAGCUCACCAAGCUUUCCUCUGGAGGCAAUCUAACGGUAGAGCUUGGCGCCAUGUCAUGCAGCUCCUCUGUUUUCUCCUUCUCGUAUCAGUACUCAAGCGAGAUGACUCAGCAGCCGGCCAGCGGUGAACAGCAGCGUCACGGACACAGCGGUGUCAUGAAGGAGCGAGAAGUGAAAGAUUUCCGCAGCAACCUGCAGUACCUGCGCUCCAUGCAGGGAGAGAACGACAUCACGGCACAGGGACAGAGCCAGACCAUCGGUCACAUGGCCAACGACUUUGCCAACAUGCUAGUCGUGGUGGACGAAGUCAUUGAGCUGCUGUUCCAACAUGAGGAGGAAGGUCACCCUGAGUACCAGAAUUGCUUGGUAACCUUUUCAUUGGACAAGGAAGGAUUGCAGACAAAGGCUGCAGAGCUGCAGGAUCAACUAUCCGAUUGGUCGAAGAAGCUGGCGGAAGUGCGCAGACAAUGCCGCUUGCUCCGCCUGUUUACAAACAAGGACAUCGCCACCAUUCUUGCACUGUACACGCCUGAGACUGGGGGCCAAGCACCACAACAACUUUGCACCGGACGGAGCAUGCGUGAGACUGCCAUCUUCAAGUUGGCCGACAUCAACUUGGAGCAAGACGCACGACGCGAGGACAUUGUCAAUAUAGCAGCUAAGCUGGUGAGCAACUAUGUCCGAUCUCUGUCAAACAUUGCACAGAUCAAGGAAGGCUGUGAUUUGGCUGACUGCAUCAGCAAGUCCAUGGAAGAGAGAAGCACCGACAACAACCGCAUUAUGCAAAUGUUCCGACGUCUCUUGGAGACGGAACUGGUACUCCGUGAGACCAGGCUACCCAGCCAGCAGGGCAAGCAGUAUAUCUGUGCUGCCGAGCGGACGGACGCCAGCAAGGGUAAUCUGAGCAACACCCUUCUGCUGCUCUGCACCAUCUUCCUGUACAAACACAACUGUUUGCCGUGCACUGGACAGGUCCUAUUCUGCUCUGAGCGCACAAGCAACAGCGAACUGCAGGCGUUCUUCACGCGGAUUGCAGCGUUCCCGCAGCUGAUAUUCGCCAUGGUGGGAGUGGAGCUACUGGGCUACAAUGAACGUAGUCUACUGCUCGAGCAGCAGCAUCAGUUCGACACUGAUCCCACCUUCAACAGCGUGGUCUACUACAUCUGUCUGGAUCUGACUAUCUGCUCCUGGUGGCCUCAGUCGUACGUGACUAGUCUGCAGCUGGCCUCUCAGCCCAUUCGUGCGCUCUCCGACUGUCUGAAGUCUCUUCUCGGACACGGUCAAUCGCGGCCAGAGCUGACUGCUGUUGUAGGUAGGUCAGGCAGCGGCAAAUCACACUACAUCGUCAACCAGCUUCGGAGCGACCCUGGCACUAUGGCUGCCACUGUGGCUGUUGCUGGCUCAGGAGACACGUCCAACGUGAUCAGAAAACUGUCUGCACUGGACAAUAAAUCCGCAGUGUUCUUCAAUCUUUUGAGCCAUGUCGACAUGGACUAUAUCAAUCGUGUCUUCUUUGAACUGAUUGUAUGCGGUACACUGGGUGACCCAGAGUUCUCAGCACUGUUCACCCUACCGCAGUCUUCCUCCUGGAAAUGGUUCGUGGAGAUACCUCACUGUGAAGACAAGGACGAUCCCAACGCAACCUGCGAAUCUCUGGCUAAGAGAGACUACCCUAUGAUCAGCCUGCUGUCUGAGUUCCACACUGUCACGGAAAUGAACAACCCCAUUCAUAUUGGUCAGCAGGAGCGGCGCAUGGCAGCCAUACUGACAUGCUACUAUCAAGGACGACUCGAUCCACCUGUUGGCCUAGCUGAUCAAGGCGACGAGAUGUGGCAGAUUGCCAAGGCAGAAGUGCUGGACGACAAUGAGUGCCGAGUUCAGUUGCAGCGUCUAUUCUCGGACAUAAAGUUGACCAACUCUACCAAGAUGCACCAGAUGGCGUUCUUGCGCUACCUGUAUGAUCGGCUGGAGCUCUUCAACAGAACAGUCUUCGUGACCAGCGUGUCGUUCAUGUACUGGAACUUGGCCACCAAGGCACUGUUGCACUUCAUGAGAGAGGCCCACUAUCUUGGCACACGCGGUCUUGAGUGCAUGUGGCAGAAGUGCAAGCAGUACUUCCUGAUCGCUGAUCCCACUGGUGGAAGCUUUGCUACCUUGGAGCCGCCUGAACGUGCAGAGCUCCCUGUCAGCAGUACAAUGCUGCUGCGGCGUGACGGAAAGGAGAAGGCACUGCUGGCAAUCGAACCGGAAAUGGAGUCGGAACCGGCUGGCUACCUGAGCUGGGCGUUUGGUCUGCCCAAGGACAGAAUCAAAUACCUACUCGAUCAGAAGCAGUUCGUCUUGACCAGAGACUUUAUGUACAAGCUACUGUUGAUCAAUGAACGCAAGAAGGCCCGUCUUCCUCUGAUCAUAGAAGGAGAAACGGGAGUUGGAAAGACGUUUCUUCUUGAGAUGUACACCAAGUUCAUGAACUAUGAAGCAGCGUACAGCGCAGAACGGGAGAGUGCACCAAGACCCAUCUCCCGUUGCUGUGGUUGGAUUUGUAAGCUUGUUUUUGGUGGCCUCUGGAAGACAAUGAAAAAGGAGUCACGUCUGUGGUUCGCUGGUAAUGAAAAUGAAACCUAUCCACAGCAGAAGCAUCUUGCUGCAGAACAAGAGGAGCGCCUUAAUCACGAAAGGUUUCAUACCCCAGAACAGCUGGGCACGUUUUGGAGAGAGCUUUUGGAAGAUCAUUUGGACGACGAGACACGCAAAACUGCAAUCGAUGGCCUGUCCAAUCAAGUGGAGGUGUGGUUGAAGAGGUUUCCCAUCCUCAAGCCAGUCGCAACUGUGAAUGAGUUGCGUGAGAAGAGCAGCCUUUCAGCUGUGGAAAGUGCAGAGCUACUAUCGUCCUAUGUCUCCAGUCCCAUUGAAAACCUCUUCUUCAAGCUUCUCAUCCAUCCAGGUAUCUCAAAACAGGCUCUGGUGGCGUUCAUGGAGGCGCCGAGGGUUCUAGCAGCGCGAUGUCCUGACCAAGAGGUUGUAGUGUUCUUUGAUGAGGUGAACACUUCCAGCUGUCUCGGUGUCUUCAAGGAGAUGCUCAUUGACAGAAUGCUAGAUGGCAAGCCCAUUGAAGACAACAUCUUCUUCAUCUCGGCUAUCAAUCCAAGCCUUGCCAAGCCUGCCGGCCGGGCUGUUGCUUCAUCAACACCAGCAAUGCCCUCUGCAGCUGGGCAGCAGCAUGAUGCAAACGCAGAUUUCAUCGACGCAUUUCGCCAGGUGUACUUCGUCCAUGAUCUGCCGGAAGUCAUGAACCAGCUGAAGUGGGUCUAUGGCAGUUUGAGCACGGAGCAGGAGCUGAAGGAAUACAUUGUGGCUAAGAUUGACAUUCAGAAGAAUCUCAUUGUGAAGACAGACCGUACUAUCGUUGAAUUCAGUCUGGACUUGAAGAAGGCAUUUGCGUCCAUUCUGCUCCGUGCCCACCAGUACUGUAUAUUGUUCCUUGGCAACAGUUCAGUCAGCCAGCGUGAUAUUCAGCGAGUGUUCCUUCUGAUUCCGUUCUUCUGGCACGUCGAAGAGAACUUGAUGAAAGAACGACAGAAGCAACAGAGCUAUGCUGCCAUCAUGAAUGUCAAUACAGUGCUGAAGAAGAGCAUUUCCUUGGCUAUCGCUGUGGUCUACUACUUCCGGCUGCCGCGCGAGCCAAUCAAUGACCGCAGCAGCAUAUCUCAUGGUGUCUGCCGUUCCGGUUUCCAGCACUAUCUGCACAGCGACCAAACAGAUAUAGCACAGGCACACAUGCACAAGCUGGCUGAUCUGCUUGCAGCGUGCCCUAAGUGCUCUGAUCCACAGUACGAGGGUGUGUAUGCGUUGCAAGCGAACAUCGACGACAUGAUCAACGACUUUGUGACACGCGAGCACUUCAGCUUGCCGGAAGGCGUUGCCCUUACCGAAGCUCUGAAGGAGAACAUCUUCUGCACAGUGGCGUGCAUCCAGACACGCAUCCCUCUUGGAAUAGUCGGUCAGCCAGGCUCGUCCAAGACACUGAGCUUCCACAUUGUCAAAAACAACCUCCGCGGUGAGCGCUCAAUCAGGCCUUUCUGUAAGCAGUUUGUGGCGAUUGACUCUUUCUUCUACCAUUGCUCAGAGCAGUCCACUUCAGAGCAGGUGGCCAGUGUAUUUGACAAUGCAAUCGAGAGACAGAACUUCUACAACCAGCAGGCGAGCCAAGAGUGGGAGAAUGUGCGCCGGAGCCAUGUGAAGUUCGUCAACAACGAACCUGUAGUGGAGGAAGUUGUCAGUGAAGCUGGAGCACAGCAGCCCAAGGUGUCCACCCACUGUGUUGUCUUCCUUGAUGAGGCUGGACUACCCACAAAGGAGAAGAGCAAGAUGGUGCUCAAAGUUCUCCGCCCGUAUCUGGAUGACUGCAAAGUAGCCUUUGUUGCUCUGUAUAAUCACUGGUUUGAUGCAGCCAAUGCCAAUCGGAUGGUAACGCUGUAUCGCUCACAAGCCGACCUGAAGGACCUGGUGGUGCUGGCACUUGGCUGCAUCAAGCGAGGAGGCCCACAGGCUGGUGAGGAUAGCGCCAGUAACGACGAGCAGCUGUACAUCACUGGCCUGUGCGAGGGAUAUCAGGACGUGACCCGAGACGCAGCGUUCGCCAAGCUCUUCCAUCACCAAGACCUGAUCUACUUGCUUCGGCAUCACUACCGCAAUCAGCUCCUCCGCAACAAAAGGCAGAUCCCGCGAAAUCCGAACAUCUUGCUUGAAGCUCUGGAGGAGAACUUUGGUGGAAUGGUGAAUCCGGAUGACUUCUGUCGGCUGGCGGAUAUGUUCUUCAGCGCUGUUGCCAGGCAUGUGGAUAACUAUCCCACUAACAUCAGCGAUGGAAGGUUCAGUCUUCGCAACACUGUGAAGAUACUGAGAGAUAUCAACGUGGCCAAUCAACAUGUUGACGAACAGGAGUUCCUCAGAACCGGUCACCCGCUGGCCCCGCGCUUCCGCAUGAUCAUCGACCCAACGGACGACUACACAGCGCUGGACGUCAUGCGGAAGAUGAGCCUGGUGGAUAGCCACAAGACGCAUGUCAUACACAUGAGCAACCUGCCUGGGGAUGAAGAUGAGCUGCACAGUGCAGAGAUCCUGGCCAGAAUCCGCCGCUUCUUGGAAAUGGACUGCACCAUUGUGCUCGUUGAAACACGUCGUGUUCACGGCAGUCUGUACGAGCUGCUGAACCAGACGUUCCGAGUCAUUCACAACGAUGGUGGCCGGCACAUCUACGCGGACAUUGCCGUCGGUGCCACUACGUAUCUGUGCCGUGUCAACCCGCACUUCCAAUGCGUGGUCAUACUCAAACACACCGAAAUGGAAGUCUCGUCCACGCCGUUCCUGAGUCGAUUUUCCAAGUUUGUGCUGCGACCAAUGGACGCCAUGAAGUACGCACUCAACAAGGUGGAUCCCAGCGAACUUAGCACCAUUGCCGUCAUCCGCGAUCGAUGCAAAGGGUUCAUGGAGCAAAUUGGGUCACGCAACUUCUACGGCUGCAAUAUGGAGCUGACUCCGAACACGCUGAUGAUGUCUCACCUGCACAGCACGGUCAACGACCGAUUCACCUUUGUGCCUGUCACGUCAUGCACUGCGGAAGUACGCGAGCAGUUCAAGGCAUCGGUGGUCGACGAUGCACAGCUCUCCGUGCGAUCUCUGUGCGCACGCCUUUUGCAGCUGUUGCCUCCGGAGCACUUUGUUCUUGGUCUGAACACACUGAAUGACCCGGCCGCGUAUUUGACUAUCUAUUUCGACAUUUUGGAGCACUUCAGUUUGCAGCACAUCAUCUCGGUGAUCAACAAGCGCGCCCUGCAUCAAUCGCAUAGUAUGUCAGCGGUAGCCAGCGGGAUUGUCAGUGUCAAUAAGUUCAUGAUCUAUACGCGCUCAUCGCUGGCUGUAUCUCGGCUGGCUGGCCAGCCGAGUGAGUACUUUGGCAUUGAAACUGCAACCAAGCUAGAGAUAGCAGAUACGAGUACGUUCCGCAAAUGCAGUGAGGCUGAGGUCUUCCUGGAGAAAUUUGUCAAGUCGCAGAAAACGUGUGCCAUUCUCUUGGUGGACACAUCAAACGGCGUUUCGUCAGCUAUGUCCAUAGCCCUAUUCAAGCAUCUCAUCAACGAAGCCGCGGUAUCCCUGCGCUGCUCGUCUGUAAACGUGCCUGUGAAAAGCUUUGUCCUGCUGCUGCACUCUCCGCUGUACAUUCCCAGCUCCAAGCGGGCGUACCCGUGUCCUCUUCUAGACGGCUGGGACUGCUGUUUCAUGGACUUGCCGGGUGGUGUCAACGUGCCUCUGAUGAACGUCAAAGCUCUGGCCAAGUCGUGUGCCCUGCAUGGCUUAGCUAGGUCGCCCAAGGGAAAUGAACAGCAUUCUGAUGAUGUUGAUGAAGCCAGAGAAUCUGAGUACCUAGCUGCCUCCUUGGAGCACGGGCUAAUGAACAUCAAGGAGGACCUGUCUCGCGUCUUCUGUAGCCGAUUAGGCAAUAUCAACACUCCAGCAGACAUUGUGUCAUCAUUGGAACCACGUGACCUCAUUCCGCUUUACACACCAAGCGGAAGACUUUCUCCGGGCUCUGGCCUAACCGCAUCCAGCCUAUCUGAGCGGUCGAGAACAGUCACAUUCAUCCUGAACCAGUAUCCGUCCAUUCUCAAGCACAUUGGCCGACGUCUCUUCCAUCGAUUCACGCCUCAGCGCUCGUUCCAGCUUCUGGACAGACUGGCAAAGCAUGUUGCUCAGCGAAAGUCCUUCUUUAGCUUCGCUGAUCUGGUGGAGAUGCAUAUGCGACCGGAGCUGGAGAAUAUCUUCCAGAAGGUGAUGGUCACGCUGUGCAAGGAUUUCGGAUUGGCAACGCUGAUCCGCAGCCAGGUGCCAGAGGCGACGCUCGGGACACUGCUGGGUCUGAUCCCGCGCAUGACGGUGCAGGAUGAGCGCAGCUACAACCAGCACCUCUGCUCCAUCUCCUGUGCUGGUCGGGUGGUGGAAACGCCGCUGUUCGCUCAGUGGAAGCACCGUGUCGAGUCGUUCAUCAGGAACAUUGAUAUGGAAGAGCCGACGGCUUGUGAUCUGCUGCACAAACGCGUGAAGAACGAUGAGUGUCUGAGUCAGCUGAUUGAGUGUGAAGACCUGAUGGACAAAUACAUGACAGACCUGAUAGCCACUGUGUGCAACUGGACUGGUAGCAUGAAGGCUGUGAAAACCGCCAAGAUUUACUUGACACUGAAGUUCAAGGAGCACAAGGAGAGUGCGCCGGAGGACUGCUAUCGACUUUCGCACAUGCACUAUGUCCUGCACAUGGACGAACGCUCGGACGUGCUGCUAGUUCUGCACGGUUCCGGAGCUCUUGAGCACCUUCUAGAACCCGGAGACUUUGAUGCCGAUCAGUAUGUCCUGAGUCAAAAGACUACAACUGACAGCUACUUGGACCAGUUUGCGGAGUGUCUGUUCCGGAAUUUGUGGAGCCACUUGACCAGCCUGAAGCAACGCCUGGGCACUGAUGAAUGGUGGAGCUACAUGACAAGGUGGCGGCAGAGCUAUCGAUUCAUUACCGAGUUCUUCAAGCCAACCAACGCAGCACGGCUGUCCAAUGAACGAGAUGGAAUCCAGGAAGACUUCUUCAAUGCGGUGCAGAGAGUAUACUCCACCCAAACUCCCUUGCUACGCUUGAUGGUUGCGACAGACAUCUUCUUUGGCUCGCACACGCUAUGCGAAACCGAUGAUGCAGUGCGGGCGCUUCUGGAGACCAUUUCACGGCUCAAAUCAGAAGGCCUUACCACACCAUUGGACAUUGUCAAGCAGAUUGUCAGCACACUAUCCGGCAAAUGUGAUGAAGCAGACCGAACUAGCCUGUAUCUGGAAUAUCUGAAGUGGAUAAUGCACUCUCUGCUGAAGUGUGAGAGUAGCAAAGAGCUAACUUACGUGCUUCAGGCAAUCAACCAGACAGCUGAGGAGAAGGUGAAGAUGACGUUUGAAACAGCCACACAGCUCUUCAUGAUGAUCACCACUCAGCAGAAACAGUUGGGUGCUCGGGAUGACGUGCUGUGCAUCUUCCUAGAGGAUCAAGUCAGCAAGGAACUGCUCCGUGAUGCGGCUCCGAGAUGCCUUGAGCAGGAGUUCAGUGCUAGCAUCUACAUACCGGGCCUGUAUCUUCCAAUAGACUUUCCAGAAGCAGCAUUGCCCGCACGGCCCGAGGUGAUCAAAGGCAUCCUUAGCAUGCAACUCGCCCAUGUGUUCUACUCAUUCAUGUGCCAGCAGCAGGAGAAGCGACACAUCGAGUUCAACGAUCGCGUGACCGAUGCCGAUCCAGCUGGCAGCACGAUAACAGCGCAGAACUUUAGUCCUGGUCUGAUGCUCCGCUUUGCUGCGUUCACACGGGUUGCGUUCAGUGCAGCAGCCACGAAAAUCGCUUCACUGGUGGAGGCACCGGGCGGGCCAGAGUCGGCUGACGAUGUUGAGGGUAAGGUAGCCGCGCUGAAACCUUUACUGAACAGCUUGUGUGGCAAGCAUGCGAAAUGCGAUGCCUGGCUUUCCUUCCUGGUGUCCCGUCUUCUGUCCACGCAUCCUGCGCAGACCUUGAUCCGACUGCUCAAAAUGUUCGACGGAGACUGGGUGGCGAAGUGUUUGCAGAUGGUUGGCGGCAGUGUCAGUUUCAGUCAGAAUACAUUUGUCUUCAUGCAAGUCAGCAGUGCGGCCAGGGAAGAUGACAAGCUGCCAGGCACGCAUGACAAGUACCAGGAAUUCUCUAGCAUGUUUGAAGCAAGCGUGGCAGCCGAUAACAACUUCAAAGCCAUCAAAGAGUGGUAUACGCAACACAGCAGGCCAAAUGCACCCAAGCUCAUCCCUAACAUGGAAUCCCGCCACUGCGCCUCCAUGUUCAUUUUCCUGAAGGUGUACCGUGAUUACUUCAUGGAAAAGGAAAUGGAUAGGGUGAAGACCUUGGGCCAAGCAUUGCCAUUGACUCCGUUGCUGCGUGACAGCCUUCGGUUGCUGUGCCGUGGAUGUACUGUUGCAGUUCCAGAUCUUCAAGCAAUAUUCAAGGAGGGCAAGUGCCCAACACCGGAGCUGCAGUACGCACGAGACAUCAUCGUCCACUGCUUGGCAUACAUCCUUGCUACUGGCCAGCCUGGCAAUCAUCUCACGACUUGUGUCUACACACCUCGUGAUUUCCACAAGACACUGCUAUUUGGUGCUGUGAACUAUCGUGGCUACAUUGAUCCGAAUCCGACUGGCGUUCGCAUUGACUGCUGCUGCCAGUUUGAUCAUGAUGGUAAACCAACGUAUCUGGCUAGCUUCGCGCAAACAAUACCCGUUGCUCUAACCCCACUAGGUACGCAUCUCAACGCACUGCUAACAUUCACCGGCCUCUGUCUGCACGGCGUUACACAGAGUAACACUGCAGCGGACACACUGGAGGCUGUGCUGACGGAGAGUGACGUCCAGACCGAGUGUCCCAGGGCCGGCAGCUUUCUGCAGCAGGCGCUCCAGUUCUGUCUGAACCGCAUCGUGCAGCUUCACUAUCACCUGUACCACGAUGACAGUCGACUAAACCCGGACAGUGGCCUGGGCAUGGUGAUCUCGUCGCUGGAAAGACUGCUACAUCUUCAAAGCACAUCCAGUGCACAGCAGCUGAAGCCAUUCUACCCGGCCGAUGAGAGAACGGUAGGUUUACGUCAGCAGUCUGAGGCGUUCUUCCAAAAGGAAGUCGUCGACCACACUCUGCAUCUGAUAUGUGUGCGAUUGCAGCGCGGUACAUCUGACGGCGACCAGGUGGCCGCUUUCAGAAAGCUACACCGUCCUAGCCUGAGCAUGGCGGAUGUGCAAGGUGCUGUUGCGAGACUCGGCACAAGCCAGGCCGCGGCUCAUCCCGUCCUGCACGGUCUGCUUGGCAAUCUGGAGGCGUUCCAGUCGCUGCGCUACGCCACGGACAUUGCCAACUUCUACAUGCUCCUCCAUCGCUACCUAGCCUGUCAUGUCUCCGAGGCGGAAUCACAGAAAUUCAGUUUCUCGGAGGCUGUUGCCACGCUGAACCAGAACAGGCGGCAUCAAGACCGACUCCGCAAGUUCUUCAAGAAAGCACUCGAGAGCUUCAACAAAUUCCACAACAGAAUCGGUGGCACGCUGCAGCCUGGCGCUUGUAGCACGCGCGUAAGGUAUGAGGCUCUGGAUGACGACAACCCUAUUCACUACAUGAUCAGCACGCAGGCUGAAGAUGAAGGCGACAUUCUCUUCAGGGUGAUGCAGGAGAUUCUCCGCCACCAAGACCUGUUCUUGGUUAAGUGCCAGGAGGUGAAAGUCCAAGGCAGCAACGAGGCAUUGCGCUACAGUCUCCAAGCCGGCCAGUUUGAAGAUAAGAUCUCAAUGCUGCAGGUGGCCAGCUAUGGUGCCGGUCUUCUGCGUGUGUCCAGCGACGACAUGGAACAGACUUGCCUGAUGCAUAGUCAACUGGUGCAGGAUGCUGAUGGUGUGUGGCAGUCUAAGUUCAACCUGGCUGCCAUCGAGCAGUCGCUGGUGCAGCAGUAUGUCAACAGUGCGCGCAUCGUUGACCUAGCCAACUUCCGCGUUCAGUUCCGCUUCCGCGAAGAACAGUCCGAGCAGAGCGUACUAUACUUGGAGCAACUAGCCGCAGACUUGCCAGCAAGGAUCUUCCAUCAAGAGUUGGACCAUCAUAGCCGUGCUGCCAUCAGCCAGGAACUGAAGCGGCAGCACUAUCAAGAGUCGCUCAAGGUCCUGCAACACUUGGUGACAGUGUCCACUGAAAUCGUGAUGCUGAAGCCCACGUCAGAGUCUCGCGAAGGCGUGCAUGCAGAAAUGGAGAGAAUCGGGCAGAUGAGGCUGGACGACUUCCUUGAACAGCAGCAGAUGCCAGCAACGAAGCAGUCACUCUCUGCCAUCUCGAAUCAAGACAGUGUGCGAAUGUGCCACAUUGUUGAUCUGUACACAGCUGUCAAAGAGCACCUUACGGGGCAUGAGUAUCUCUACAUGCGCAUUCCACACUUGCUCAAGGAGAAAAUGGAGAGUAGCCUUGAUGAGAAGGUAGAAAAAGCACUGGACGACUACUUCUACGAGCAGUUGGGCGAGCUAGCUCUGCUGAGCAUCAUUGAUAUUGCUGAUGAAGCUCUUAGUGUUCUUCAGGACUCUGUGCCCCAUGUGCAGAACUACCCGGGCAAUUCCCUGAAGGAAACACUGGAUGUGCUUGAUGUCCUGGAUGCGGGAGAUGUUCUCUCUCGGCUGCCGGAUGAUGUUCGUGGACAGCACCUGAAGGAAGUGAUGGCAAAGCUGGUGAGGCACGGCUGCACGGCACGAGAGAAGCAAGUGGAGAGACGACAAGAACGCGCAGUGUGGCUGGAAUGGGAUGGAGAAGAGCCCAAAGCCCCCAAGUGGCUCGAAGUCGAGGCUCAGGUUGACUACUCGUGGAAUGAAUUUGAUGAGCUGGAGGGUUUGAGCAUACCCAGCCAAGAACAGGAAGGCAUGGAGUCCCCGUCACACGAUCAGUAUGAAGACCCAGCACAAGUCACCAGCACUAGCACUGCUUCCAGUGCAGAGGUUGGCAGUGGUGGCACUGCUGUUGCCUCUACUGUAAUUGAGCAAGACCACUCCAGGCAAACUGGGCAAGAUAGUCAAGGGGAGAGAUCAACAGUACGUCUUUACUCGCCGACCCACUCUACGUUGCCAGGCUUUGAUGAGAGCAUCGUUGUGUUACAGCCAAGCAGGGGAAAUGUGAGUGACACACAAGAGCAGCUAGAACCACAGUCCACAGUAGUCAACCAGGAGCUGAGCAAGAAGCUGAACGUUCAGGCACUGGCCCAGUCUGACAUGCCCCGACUCUCACUUUCAACACAGGAGCUACCGAUAACCAUGCCAUGUUCUGCCAUCACCAACGCCCCGCGUGGAAUCUCACGCCGCCAGCUGGUGCUUCGUGGUGACUCCACUUCGCAACAGGAGCCCGUCAAGUACGGCGGUGUUCGUGGCAAGGUUCUGCAGAAAGCCUGCAAGACGUUUGAGGUGGAAGAAAGCACGGUCCUGAUUGCCGACUGUAAUGGGUAUGUGCUGAAGGACACUGAGGAUCCUGCCAAGCACGUCACCACGAAUCUGUGUGUCUACUAUGUGGUCAAGGCGGAGAACACCAUCGAGGUCACCUUCCACCUGCACGGAGCUGCUGCGGACAGCAGUGCACAGGUGCGCACCGUGCAAGCACAGUUUGAGAAUAUCGCUUCUCUAUCCCUGUUGUGCACGACCGCACUGCGUCUAUUCGGCUUCACCUCGCCCGUCCGUGCAAUUCUAUGUAGCAAUGAGGGUGUCGUGUUUACUGACGAGUCCCUUCAAGGUCUACUCCAGUCGCACAAGGAGACUGCACUCCACUUACACACUGGAAGUAGUAGUCAGUUAGUAGCUGUUUUCUCCGAUGUGGUUGGUAUCAGCGCGCCACUAUCAAGUGUGCUCCACUCUGCAGUAGAGGAUUACCUUGCUGGUAGUCUCCUGGAUUGUGCCAAUUCUGCUUUCUACCCACCUCUGUCCAGCUUGCCUGCAGACUGCACUGAAGCUCAGGUCAUGUUUGUCCUUGAUGCUGGUGCAAUGUGCGACACGACAGUGGUGUGCGGACAGCGUCAGGUCACUCUGGAGCUUGUGAAGUGUACACGUGUUGAGCAGCUUCAUCGAGAGCUGCACGACUGGUUUUCUGUGGGCGAUCCUCACAGUGCGUUGGCUUGGAAGCCUAGCGAUGGAAUUGAGCAGGUGGUACCCGAUAUGUCCAUCUUACACCAGUACACGACUACCCAGAGUAUCUCCCCUGCUAACCACGAGUGCCGCAUGUCACUGCUUGUUGCAACAGCGCCACCGCACAAUGUUGUCAUUGAUCUGAGUGUCUUUCAAAUGCUGAGGACAAGCAUAACCGUGGAUGUCCACCAACGCACGGUUAAAGAUCUGGUCAAGGAACUGUCUCGCCAGCUGAGACUGACUGCCGAAGUGGAAGCGUUGGCCUCUCUGAUUGACACGUCUACUAUGUGUGAGCUACUAGAGAGCUCCCUACUGGAACCCAGUCUCUCACUGCUGCCUCAGCCUGCACUUCACCUAGCCUUACAGACAAGACGGGACGUGUUUACCGUGACUAUCCGUGCACAGGAUCAUGAGCAACAAGCUGAUAGCAAGGCCCUGACAUUGGUAGCUGCGGACAGCAUCACUGCGCAGCAUCUGCUUGGUAAGGCGUCGCACUUGCUGGAACUCACACACUACUUCCAGCAAUCGAGACCUGUCGGAGUCGCUUCAGACAGUGGAAUAUGGCUUCCAGGUGCCAUGCCUCUUGCACGCCUGCCACGAGAGGACAACGGGGCUGUUGUAAGAAUUGGCGUGCUCGACUAUGCCGAUUGUUGUGUUGUUCGGCUGAAGUUCCCAAGUGAGCAGUUUGGUUUGUUUGCAGUGCCCAUGGCAGUGGCAACUGGUGAACUGUUGAAGCUAGCAGCUCAAAUUGCUUCUUCCGAAAGUUCCCUAUGUUCUCUGCUGGUGGAGCAGAAGAGCUUAAUAAAUACCCAGACAACAGCAACAACUGCCAUGAGCAUGCUCGAGUUUUUAACGCAACUCAAGCAGGAUCACGACUUGCCUGGCGUUGAGACAUUGGGCACAUCGUCUCAUCCAUUGGAAUGUGAUGUGUCGCUAUCUGUGCCGCAAAAUGCUGCUGCGACUGGUAUGGCAAUGUCUGAUGGCCUGCAGCUAGCUAUGGCCGAUGCUAGUGUCGGACAGACAGAUGGCACAAUCCGGGUGAGGAUAGCUCUGUUGCAUAACCCACGCACUGUACAGGAAGUGCUUGUGCCUGCGAAAACCUCCAUCUCUAAGUUCUACAGCAGUCUCUGCAAGAGCCUGGGUCUGAGCCCAUCUGAGCAGCACUCACUUUACGCUCAGUCUCUGGAUUCUGAGCAACCGGAGCACAUUGAGAUAGAGAGCGAUGAAGAUGGAGAUGACGGAGAGGGAAAUGAAGACACCAUGAUCAGCAGCCUGUUGACAAGUGGCUACACGUCUAAUUUCUACAUCGAAGCGCCAGCUCUUGCUAGUGUGCACCGCUUGCAACCUGUCGAGGCAUCUUUCAUUCGACUGCCCAGCAACACUCUGUCACUUUCUGAAGAGACAUUUGAAAUCAUCGCCCCGACUACUCUCGCGGCUGACAGUACCACUAAUACGCUGAGUGUGAAAGUGCAGUUGCUUGGUGAUGCAGCUAGCAUUGUUCAGCUUCAAAUUUCUAUGACGGCCGUGUUCUCCGACCUGAUUGGAUUGGCAACGGAACACCUGAGACCUGGUCAUACCUGCACUGCCCUCUCUGUGGACGGCGAAGACAUAGAGCUUGGCGAAGAGGAGCUGUCAUCGCCGCUGACCGACAUACUAGACGGCAGUCAACUUGUGGAGCUCACGUUCACAUCCUGACCUACCGCAGGUUGCUGACCACACCGUCUGUUUGCCAUACCGCAGCGUCACAAUCACUUUCACCAGCUUGCACCUCGCCAGUGAGCUUGCAACAAUAUUCUUCCAAACAAGACUCCAGUAUGCUAUUUCAUGAAUUUGUUUUGAAAGCGGUCUCUGCAUGUUUUUCUGACUUUCAUGCUGCAUUUUGUUGACUUCACGCAUUCUGCCCAUGAUUCUUUAUUGAGAGACUCAACCUGAACUGCAGUGUGUUUUACUCUUCUUAGAUUCGACUGCGUUACACGUUUGCUGUGCUUUGGCAUUUGGACUUUCUGCGAUUGCAGCUCUGCAUGUGUGUCUUGCCUUGACUGGUGGACGAUCUUCUUACGCUGUGUUGUUCUGCAGUGUGCUGUGUACUCGAAGUAGCUUCCCAUUUUUUCUGCAUUGCAGUGUUCUGCCUUGUGUUGCCCUGCCUGGCAUUGUCUGGCCUUGCAUAGCCCUACAUUGGCAACAUAUUUCAAGUUUCAGCUGGCUUUCUUCCUUUAAUAUCAUUGUCUUGCCCCACUUAAAGCAGUGUGCUCUGUGGUCAAGUGCCAAUUUUUGACGUGCACAAUGUAUUCCAAUGCCUCGUUUGCUAGCCUUUUUUAGAUAUUUUUUAAAAGGACUUCUUAAGAACUUUCCCUAGAGGACCCGAUGUACUGUUUGCCGCAGUUUCUCAUGCAUGGCUUGCCACCGCGGCUUUCUGUUCACUUAUUUUUGAUGCUGUUGACUUUUUCCCCAUUCGCCUGUUGUCUGCUUUCCUUCGCUCAGCUUGCUUUUUCAAGUCUGCCUCGCCGCCACAUUCAUAGUAUUGUAUGCCUGUUUGUGCCUUUGCCACACACUGCACAUGCACCUGUACGUUCAUGCAAGAUGAUGCAAGGUGUUUUUUUCCCUAUUCAAGUUCCAAAUUUAGAUCCUUGUAUUCAUUGAAUGAACUACUACUAGUAGGAGUUUUCCUUCUUUUUUUUUCUUUUCGAAUCAUAUUUUUUAAACAAUCGUGAUUGACAUUAAAAAAGA